AUUUUAAAGUGCAAUCACGGCUCAAUACACAGUAACGACCUAUACCCAUUUCCUCUUCAUACAUAGACGUUAACAGGACAAUAAAAUGUCAAGUGAACAGGACAUUACAGGAGAUGGACACUGUUAUAAUUUCAAAAAGGAAUUUCAAUUACGAAAAUUUGGACUUAAUCAUGAAGAUCCUAGUUUGUUUGUUAAACCUCAGUGCUUUCCUAAAAUAGUGUACAUUCCUUGGACAAUUAUUUGGGCACUGUUCUACCUGAUGAAUUUGGGUUUUGAAGUUUACUACGAUAUAGAAGAAGGUCCUACAUAUCUCACAAAGGUGACGAAUAUUGCAUACAUACUGCAGUCUGCAUUUGUCUUCACAGACUGUUUCGUGACAAUAUACGUCCAUGUUAGGAGAACAGACAUUAAAAGCGGAGAAACAAAUGUGAUGCCAUGGUAUAUCAGAGUACAGUGGCUUCUAUUCAACGCCAGCAAUUCAUUUUCAGUCCUUAUCAGCCUGAUAUAUUAUGGAUUUCUUAAUGUUGAGUUUAACCAUGGCAGCGUUUAUAUUCAUCUUCUCAACUCCGUAUAUACAUUUCUUGGUAUACUGUUUUCCGCUAAGCCAGUGCAGCUACUACAUGUCUAUCAACCAAUGGUACCCGCACUUUUAUACAUGAGUUUCUCAAUUAUUUACCAUAUACUUGGAGGGCACAUGAUAUAUCCAAUUUUAGACUGGGGGAACAAAACUGCCAGGACAAGUCUGUACGCUGUAGUGUUCAUAUGUGUUGCUGUUCCACUUAUACAUUUGACGUGCUACCUCCUACAUAGAAUUAGGGUAUUUCUACACAGAAAAUGUACGACCAAGAAAGCGGAUAUUUCUCAACAGUCGGAGUCAAAUAAAGCCUAUGAUUCGUCUGCAUUGUAAAAAUAUACCGGUAUUUUUAUUUAUAAUAUAGGUAAAUGUAUGCGCUGAAAGUAAUAAACAGACAACCCCGUU